AUGCUGCCACCGCGGUCUCACACCAGCCCCAAGCCUUGGGGACAGCAGUUCGGGAGGUUCCCAGCACCACCCGUGCCAGAACGCCUGGCAGCGCUGGAGGGCAGGCCGCUGGGGCUGUCCGCGGUGCGGGGAUACAGAGAGCGCCUGGCCCGGUACAGCCCGGGUUCUGCCCCCGCCACCCCUUCCCCUGCCCCACGCCACGGCAUCGGCAGCGGCGCGCCCCAGCCGCGGCUGCACUUGGCCCCCGCCCGCAGGGGCUCCUCCCGCCCCAGGAAGGUGCUCCAGGGCAGCGGGAAGCCAGCGUGGGCAGCCCUGCCCGCCAGACCCCUGCCCCCCUGCCUGGAGUCCCCUGCCUGCCAGCCCCCUGCCCCCUGCCUGGAGUCCCCUGCCCGCCAGAUCUCUGCCCCCUGCCUGCCAGCCCCCUGCCCGCCACCAGGGGAGGCACCGCCUCCACGGCCGCAGCGGCGGAGCGCACCUGGCCCGGUCCCCCCGCGGUGGCUCCGCCGGCUCCCGGCCCCAGCCCAGCCCGGCCCAGGCGGUGCGAGCCCCGCCGCGCAGGGUGCCCGAGUGCCCACGGGUGCCCGCACGGAGGCUCGGUCCUGCGAGUGUCCCCCACCCGCGGCGGGACCCCCGCCACAGCGCCACGCUCACCCACCGCCCCCGCGGGGCCGCUCCGUCCCGCAGAGCUCCGAGCCGAUCCGUGCCGAGCCGUGCCGGGCGCAGGCGGUGCCGGCGCGCACCGGCCCCCGGCGCUCCCGCCCCUUUAUGGAGGGCGGCCCGGAGCACGGUCCGGGGGGAGCGGAGCGGCGCGGCCCCCGCCCAGCCCGGCCUCCCAAAGGGCUUUUCCCACCCGCUGCCCUGAGAGGGAAGGAAGGAAAGAAGGCAGCUCCUCAGGCUCUUCCCGCUGGAGCGCCACCCGGGCUGCCCCGCGGCUGCACGGCGUGCAGCGGCUCCGGGAUGGGGAUGAAGCCGGAGGGGGCUGGACACCCGGGAACGGUUGCUGCUGGAUUUGCCACCGAGACCUCCGUGAGGGGCUGA